UUCGUCCGCAAUAUCAAAAAUGGCGUCCCUUAGAGUUUUAGUCGGCUGUAAACGUGUCAUAGAUUACGCCGUAAAGAUACGGGUAAAACCCGAUAAAACCGGCGUAGUAACUGAUGGGGUCAAACACAGUAUGAACCCUUUCGAUGAGAUCGCAGUUGAAGAGGCUGUAAAACUGAAAGAGAAAGGUAUAGCUUCUGAAAUUGUUGCUGUGAGCUGUGGACCAGCUAAAAGCGAGGAAACUCUUCGCACAGCCCUUGCUAUGGGAGCUGAUCGUGGUAUCCAUGUUUUGUUAAAUGACAAAGAAUAUGAAGGCCUACAGCCUCUUGCAGUAGCCAAAAUUUUUGCAAAGAUCACAGAACAAGAGAACCCAAAUCUGAUCAUCUUGGGAAAACAGGCAAUUGAUGAUGAUUGUAAUCAGACUGGGCAAAUGUUGUCUGCAUUGCUUUCAUGGCCUCAGGCAACAUUUGCUUCCAAACUAGAAAUGAAAGAUGACAAGUUAGCAGUGACACGUGAAAUUGAUGGUGGCUUAGAGAUGAUUGAUGUGAAGAUGCCAUGUGUCAUCACAGCAGAUUUAAGGCUGAAUGAACCUCGCUAUGCAACACUUCCAAAUAUUAUGAAAGCCAAAAAGAAGAAGAUUGAUAAGAAGUCUCCAAGUGACUUAGGUGUAGAUGUCUCACCCAGAGUGGAGACACUAAAAGUUGAAGACCCACCUGUCAGGGAGGCUGGAAUUAAAGUUGAGACAGUAGAUGAUCUUGUUGGGAAACUCAAAGAUAAUGGAUUCUGCUGAUCAAGGGACUCAACAAAUCAAUGCAGUAAAUUUGGACAAUGAUGAUCUUGCUUUUUGUCCAGUCCAGUUUUUUAAAACACUCGUGUUUUGGCGGACAUGGUUACAAAAUUUUGGAAUGGCAAUAAUAUUUUGUUAUUAAAUAGCCCAUAAGUCUCUUCCGGUCUUUUUUGGUGUCAGUUUAUCAUAAAUUGCCUAAGAAAACAUCUGCUGUUGAAUCUGCUACAUUGGCGAUGAAAGUCAAUGUGAUAUCAUGUUUAACAACAAAGUAAAGUAUUAAUACCCUGCACAAAUGAGUACAAGUUUUAUUUUCAGAAAUCUUCCUUUUUUUCUGUCAUCUAAGUUUGCAGAGGGUCAUUAUGCUGAGAAGUGUUGACCUGAACACUUGCUACCAUCAGAAGGGAGCAAAGUUAACCCUGUAAGUCCCACUAGUGAUCUAGACAGAAUUUCUCCUUACACCCCCAGUAGGAUAUCAGCCAGACAAGUAAUGAGAAUAAAGAAAAAUUCAAUUAGGGGAUUAUUGGUCGAUCCAAUUCCAAAUUCUCUAAACUAACAUCAAAUGAAUUGUAUGGGAGUUAAAGGGUCAAGCAAAGUUAAACUGUUUAUAAUCUCUUGAAUAAACUAAUUGGAGCUCUGC